CGGGGCUCGGUUGUCAUGAGAGCCGCGGCGCUGGCCCAGGAGAUGGGCGGAGGUGGCGGCGGCUGCCGCUCCAAGUUACCGGUGCCAGGCCGCCGGGGGCGGCGGCGGAGGAGGCGGCGAGGCCUACGCCUGCGCCUGGCGGACGGGAGCGGUGGCCGCGGCUGUUGCUGCUGAGCAGUUUCUCACUCAGAAGUGCUCAGGAGGGGCUGGAGCAAUUCCCGGGGUGAUCCCAAAGCGAAAGUUUUCAGUAUGCACCUUGGUCUCGAGCCACUGAGCAGUAAGUAGCCCAACUGUACAGAAUGCCACACAAGAUUGGGUUUGUGGUUGUCAGUUCAUCUGGACAUGAAGAUGGUUUCAGUGCAAAAGAAUUAAUGGUCCAUGCACCAACUGUUAAUGGAUGGAGAUCACCAAGAUUUUGCCAGUUUCCCCAAGAAAUUGUCCUUCAGAUGGUGGAGAGAUGCCGAGUUCGAAAACUUCAGUUACUUGCUCACCAGUAUAUGAUUUCCAGUAAAAUUGAGUUCUACAUUAGCGACAGUUUGCCUGAAUACUUUGCACCAUAUCAAGCAGAGCGGUUUCGAAGGCUCGGUUACGUGUCUCUCUGUGACAAUGAGAAGACAGGAUGUAAAGCUCGAGAACUAAAAUCAGUUUAUGUGGAUGCUGUAGGCCAAUUUCUCAAGUUGAUUUUUCACAAAAACCAUGUCAAUAGGUACAACUUAUAUAGCCAGGUUGCUUUAGUGGCAGUUAAUAUUAUCGGGGACCCUGCAGACUGCAGUGAUGAAAGCAAUAUUACCUCCAGAGAGAAGUUGAUUGACCAUUAUCUUGGACAGAGUUCAGAGGACUCGGGAUUAGAUGGAUCAUAUGUUGGGAAACCCGACUAUAUUUCUCCCCUGGAUGAUUUAGCCUUUGAUAUGUACCAGGAUCCAGAAGUGGCACAGAUAAUCCGCAGGCUAGACGAGAAGAAACGAGAAGCUGUGCAAAAAGAGCGCUAUGAUCACGCCAAGAAGCUGAAACAGGCGAUUGCUGAUCUGCAAAAGGUUGGGGAGCGCCUUGGCCGGUAUGACGUGGAGAAGCGCUGUGCUGUGGAGAGAGAGGACUAUGACCUGGCCAAAGAGAAGAAACAGCAGAUGGAGCAGUACCGCACCACAGUCUACCAGCAGCUGGAACUUCACAAUCUUCUGGACUCUGAGAUGAUUCGAAAACCUUUUGAUUUUCCCCUCACGCCUCUGGUCCGUUCUGGCAGCCCCUGCCCACAGAAAUCGGCAAAGUCACCAUUGCGCCGGGAGGAACGAACAGGAGAAAAAGCCUCCAUGGAACCGGUCCCCCCAGCCAAGACUCAGCUUCACAAUUCUCUGAAUGUUCCCCCUAAGCAGCAGGCCACUGUGGGCCAGCUAUCAGCCUCAGAAUCUCUCUCAAAGAUCAAUGUUGAUUUAUUGCCUUAUGAUGAAAGACCUCUUCCAGCUGUUCUUAAACAACAAGGAGAAACUUAUGUAGAACCAGAGAAGGUGGAAGAAGAUGUCAGUAUGCUUCCAAAAGGCAGCACUGCGGGAGAGCCAGAGCCCUUGACCGAGAAAGCAUUGAGGGAAGCCAGUUCUACCAUUGAAGUGCUGGGGGAAACUCUGGUUGCUGGAGCUUAUUCCAAGACCUGGUCCUAUCGAGAAGAUGCAUUACUCUCGCUCUAUAACAAACUGAUGACAAUGCCUGUUGGGACACCAAAGGAAGAUCUGAAGAACCUUCUCAGAGCUGCUAUCUUUCUGAUAAGAAGAGCCAUCAAGGACCUCGUGCCUUCAGUCUUUCAAGCAUCGCUAAAAUUAUUAAAAAUGAUCAUCACACAAUACAUUCCUAAGCAUAAGCUUGGUAAGCCAGAAACCACCCUGUCUGUGGAGAAGACUCUUCCCAAUCUGAUGACCAGAACCGGGGACUCUUCUGCCCGCCUCCGCAUCAUUGCAUCGAACUUCAUUCAGGAACUGGCUCUGUGUAAGGAAAUUAAGCCCCUCCAAAUUAUUCCAACUUAUUUAGUCCAACCAUUAAAACAGAAUUCUUCAACUCACCUGGCAAUGAGUCAAACGGACUUACUGGCACGUUUGUUAAAAGACCUGGGGACUGAGAACUCUGGAUUUACUGUGGACAAUGUUAUGCGGUUUUCAGUGAGUGCUCUGGAGCACAGAAUCUAUGAAAUACGAGAGAUUGCUAUUAAAAUUAUUUUGGACAUGUAUAAGAAGCAUCGGACCCUAAUCCUAGAGUACCUCCCUGCAGACGAUGGCAACACUCGCAAGAACGUUCUCUAUAAGACGCUUUUUGAGGGAUUUGCAAAAAUAGAUGGCAAAAGCGCAACUGCGGAUGGCAGGGCUCAAAAAAGGGCAGCAACAGAAGAAGCAGAAAAACAGAAGAAGGAAGAAAUAAAAGUUCUGCAGGUACAACUGGCGGCAUUGAGAGAGAUUCAGGCAGAAGCUCAGCUCGAAAAGGACAAAGAAAGUGACCCAGGAAAGGUGAAGAACCAAGAUGAUCCUCAAAGGAAAGCAGUUCACCCGAAUGCUCCAGACAUUCCCGAUGAUCAUGCCUCUGUUGCAAAUUAUUUGGAUUAUCUUUGCAUCUUUUGUGGGGAAAGAGAUGACUCAUUCACAGAAGAAGGCUUGGAUCUCCAUUACUGGAAGCAUUGUCCGAUGUUGACAAGAUGUGAACACUGCAAACAGGUGGUUGAAAUAGCCAGUCUGACCGAGCACCUGCUGACAGAGUGUGACAGAAGAGAUGAGUUUGGGAAGUGCCACCGCUGCUGUGAAGCUGUCUUCAAGGAAGAGCUGCCCAGACACAUAAAAAUCAAAGCCUGCAAUCCUGCCAGAUCAGAAAAGCUUGCAAACCGCUGUCCAUUGUGCCAUGAGAAUUUUACACCAGGAGAGGAGGCCUGGAAGUCUCACCUGACAGGGCCAGCGGGCUGCACAAUGAACCUGCGCAAGGCAUACUACUUGCAGAAGACACAAGCCACACAGCUGGGGAAAGCAGUAGACUCAGUGAUGGCCAAAUCGGGCACUUCAGGAUCCAAAUUUGGAAGCAAGAUCCCCACCCCAAAAGGAGGCCUGAAUAAAAGCACUAGCAGGGCAUAUACAAAACGGUGACACUGACAAAUAGUUUGUUUCCCUUGUCUCCAUAAGUGACUGAGAAAGUUUUCUGAUUCCAUAACAUUUCUUGCCAAUCGAGCUUGUGGACACGGCCCUAUCCAGUCCUUCCUUCCUGACUCACAGGUGGCUGCUUCUCUGCCCUAAGCAGCAUCUCCCCGUUACGAUCCCUCAGUCGCUAGUGUGUAGCCACAUGUAUGUACUUGACCAGAUAUAGAGCAUAGGAAGCCUGACGGCAUUCAAACCUUCCCGAUUUCUGAUCCUCUCUUGGAUAACAAAGGAAUGCCAGUGUCUUAGAAUCAGAAGCCGCUGAAGUUGAGGGCUUGAGCAGCAACUAACUGGUAGGACAGGGAGCCAAGCAGUGACACGAUCCCAACAAAACAGCGUCCUUUUUUCAUUGCUCUCAGAAUCCUCAAAGUAAAUAACAUGCAUUUUGCCAACCGAUCUCCACCCAAACUCGCUUCUCUCUGUGUGGUACAACCAAAGUGAUGUUGGAUCAGCAGCACCUCGCUGCCUCUUGGCCCGGGCACAGCCUGGCAUUGCUGAGGGCACUGUUCCCAGUCAUGGUAGAGCUGUGCUCUCUGCCUCUCCUGUCCUGCUUCACUCUUUCUUGUUCCAUUGUUCACAUUCCACCAGAUGUAGUGAGGCGGGGUGACGCAGCGGCACGUUCCUCGCUGUCACAGAAAGCGAUGGUAAGAAAGAGAAUCUCCACAAGAAAGCCACCAAGGAUCCGCUGACCAGUGCUCCCCAGAGCCGGGCAUUUCUCUGCAAGUAGCUUUCUUUCUACCCGUUCUGCAGGCAGCAGGGUUAUCCCUGAUCCUGACUGCACAGUCAGUCCCCCAAAGGUAAAUAUUAGAACAAGACUUGGAUCCACAUCAUGCCUUUGUUUAGAGGGGCUCCAAGGUCAUUAUAUGUGUAAAUAGUCCUUUUUAAAAAAAAAAUAAUGAAAGUGCUUUCUGAUUGAUAUCAUGUGAUCAUCUGACUGCAUGUAAACCAAACUGAUUCUUCUUUAAAAAACAUUAAAUAAAACUGGGGCUGGUUCUGUUUUAAUCUGGCACCGAAUAUCUUCCCCAAAAUGCUUACUCCAUACACAAGCGUGUAUCUGGUAUUUACAAAGCAGAGUCAAGCACAUAUGAUUUGGGACCUUCAUUCCAUGCCCUUGACAUCUGUACCAUAAUUCCAAAAGGAAAUUGACUUUUCAAGAAGGAAAAAAGUCCUUUUCUUUAAUAUGCCAAAUGGUGUAUUUCCAGAUACCUGCUGAAUAUAAGAAGGGGAAAUGCUUUCAAAACAGGCGUGCUCUGACCCAUUUGUCAGACCCUUGGCUGUGCUGAUGCCUCCAUGAACCAGCAGCUUUCUUACUCAGUGGCUGUUGCUAGAAAUCCCUUCUAGAGAAAGAGCGAGCCAUGGAAACCCAGCCAGUAUUUGAUUAACAGUAUGGGUAUUCUGCCUGGAGGUUUUGGUUUUUUUUUAACAACUAUUUCUUAACUAGCCAGUUUUCCAUCUAACAGAUUAACAACCUAGAAAGAAGCUGUCACCAGAUCCUGUGAUAAGAUCAAGAAUCGUGCUUUCCCCUGGAAAUCACACUCCUCUGCUUUCUGAAAAGGCUGACAAAAUGAAUUCAUCACAGGUGGCAGCCACUUGGAGCUUUUAAAAUUGCUAAUUAAGAAAUACUUUAUCUCUUUAUGACAGCGGACAUUUUUCCUGUGGUUCGCUUCUAUGAAACAAGGAAAGUCUAAUAAGCAUUUGGAGGGAGGAAGGUGCCCUUUUUCUGGCUACCUUGGUAAUUGUGAGACUUUGUAAAUCCCCACUUCGGUAAAGCAACACCUUUUAAGACUGACUCAUGGGGCAGCUAGGUGGCGCAGUGGAUAGAGCACUGGCCCUGGAGUCAGGAGUACCUGAGUUCAAAUCCGACCUCAGACACUUAACACUUACUAGCUGUGUGACCCUGGGCAAGUCACUUUACCCCAAUUGCCUCACUUUAAAAAAAAAAAAAAGACUGACUCAUUAUAAGACUGAUGAAAGUAAAAACUACCAUGAAGCUCCCCAUUAAAACAAAGGUAUUUUAUAUCAAAAUACAAAAUAGGACUAGACAGCCCAUAAAAGUCUUAAAACUUUACAGUGAUGAUCACUGUUAGUCUCAGAGAGUCGACAGCUGGCUUUUUCUAAUAUUUUUAAGUGGAAAUAUGCAAAUUGCUCUUUAAGCUAUCCCAUCUUGGCUCAGUGAAGGAGCCCUCCACCCACAUGAGUUUUGCAGCUGUUAUUCAUGUGUUCCAAGGUACAAUUAAGCAGUUCCAAUAUCCAAAGAAUGGCUUUCUUUUUGGUGGGGAGGGGUAAAGGAGAUUCAGGUGAAAGGUAAGGUAUGUUAUAAGUAGGCCAGUGUGGGGUGGGGCUGAAGUUGAACUGUCUGGUUAUUAGGCAAGAAGGAUUGCUUGGUAACAAUUGAUUCCAUUGAGAUCUAUGUGUCACCUCUUAGGCUUCCCUAAAGAAAUUGUGUUUUUAAAGGAGCAGGAGAAGGGGCAAGCAAGCAUAAACCCUGUUAUGUCAUUCAGAAGUAAAACUAGAUCUCAACUGGAAACAUUUGCUUGAUAAAUGAAUUUUCAUUCACAAAUAAGUUGUGUCUACACCAUAGUAUCCUUUACGGUAUGGUUUUUUCCAAGUAACUGACGAUUCAGAGAAUUCUACCUCUGAGUUUUCUGCAACAGAGCUGUUAGGUACAGUUUUAUGUAGCAAUUUUGAAUGUAAUUUUGCUACUUUUUAAUGUCUUAGUUUUCUUUUUGUUUUUAUUUUAGGGAAAUGGUUGGAAGAUAACCAACUCAUUGUUUUGUUCGAGUAUUUAAAACUCAAUCUCUCCCCAUCUUAAGCAUAUUUAAUAAUCUGAUCACCUCAUAAAGUUGUAUAUUUUUAUUCUGAGUUUAAGAAAAUAAUUAUGUUAUUCAAAACUAAGCUUAAGCUAGACCUAUUCCAGGGAGGGGGGUGCUGUUCAAUAGCAUCAAUGCUAACUUAGCAUUAACACCGUAGAAAGUCGUGUGAAAAUUUCUUAGAAAGAGAAGAAAUUAGUGCUUAGUGUUGCUACAGAAAGUUUGCACCGUUAAGUCAGCCUUUUCCUGCAGAACCUCAAAAAACUUCAGAUCUUUGCUAAGGCAAAAAAUUACUGACCAAAUGUAUGAGCAACAUUAGCUCAUUGCUGUGUAAAGACUGUCACGUGUUCACAUAUAUAGGAAUUAUACUUUAGGAUACCUUGGUUCUUUGCAUAAUUAAUUAUAGCUUCCUUUCAUCUUCAGGCGGGGUUCUCCACUAGGGAGUAUAAUUGGUCUGUUAAUCUCUUUUUGCUUUUUAUAUAAAGAUACAUCACUUUAUAAGAAUGGUAGUGUACAGUUUUGUUACCUUAAUACUAGCACUGUAUAUGAUUUUAUAAUUAUGUUUCCAUUUUGAAACCAUAUUGUUUAAAUCUUUAGACACAAACAUAUUUAUUUUAAAUCGAUAUAUAGUCAUUUAGUUGAUAAAAUUUGCUUUUAAAAUGUUCUUAUGGUAAAUGUCAUGCCAUCUCACAUUGUGAAAAUGUGUGUAUACAUGAGAGAGACAGACAGAAGCAGAAAUGGUGCUGUAGAAGCCAUAAAAUAAGGUGAAUUUAAGCUCUAUCCCAUUUAGUAAAGAGUCUUACCUAUAAAAAAGUUCUUUAUGCAAGCUGUUCUGAAUGAGGUUUUCAUUUUUUGCAAAAGCAAUUUACUUUGAAAAAGUAAAUCAAUUCAAAGAACAGCCCAGUUACCUCUUAUUGGACACUUUAAAUCCAUGGUAUUUGGAUGUUCCUUAAAACAUUCUUGCUUCUCCUCAUUCACCAAAUUUGGGGAUUGAUCUCACUGCCUUACCUUUAGUGACCAGAGGCCGAAAUCCCGUGGAUGGGAUGAGGAGGCCGUGGGUAGGAGAAAUAGUGAGAUGGUGGCUAUGCAGCACUGACUCUCCUAUGUCCUUGCCAGGGUUUUAGAUGGCCCAUCAAUGAUGCAGUAAUUAAAGGGAACAUUGUGUGUGUGUACCUACCCACAGGACUUCGGGAAGAAAAACAACUGUCUUUGAACAAUGUUGGGAAUCCCAGUGCAAAUAAAUCCUGAGCAUUAUAUGAA